AGCCACCUAAAAGUAUCCAACGCCAGCAGCAGCCAGCGUGCUGAGCAGUUGCUCCAGCGCCAGUGGAUCCCGGAAGCCGUGGUGCCAAGCGUCGGUAUAGCUAGAGGCCAGGAGCCAGGCGGAAGGCAACCUCCGGGUUGAAGUGUCUAGUGAUUGCGGCUUGGUGAUUUCGGUUCGGAAAACGAUUUGACCGUAGGGUUUGUGUGGCCGGUAGCCGAGCGAGUGGUGAUAUAGUGAGUGUAUCGGUACGCACACGUUCCAGCACGCACCGUGAACCGAACCGGUUCAGCAGCACGACACGAGCGACGAUUAAAUUAUAAAAUAUCGACCAAGAUGCAUCAAUUAUCAACGAUUUGUGUUACGCUGGUCAUCGUUUCCGUGUUAGUGCAGAGCGCGACGGCUAAGCGAGGUUGUGCUGCAUUUGGACAUGCCUGUUACGGUGGGCAUGGAAAGCGUUCCUCCGCAUCGACUCCGGAAGCGCUAGUUCAAGGAAGUGUAACCCUAGAUGAUCUGCCCAUUCCCUACGCCAAACUGAUCCUCGACAAACAGCGAUCGCUCAUCCCAAGCCCGGAAGAGAUACGCGGCAACGAACCCUCCUACACCAUGGAAACGCCAUUUUCGAUCCGUCGCCCUGAUCCGAGACGUGAAGAGCUUAAAUACGCGAUCUACGCUAUGCUAAGGCAAUUGAUGGAGGACAAUGCUUCCAAUCACCAGGAUGCACUGGUGCAUCAGGUACAACCAUUGCAACAAGCGUCCCUCCAGCGGGAACUGUCCGGCAUGCAUGAGGUGGAGCGAAAGUAAAAUCCUUCUAUCACCUAUUCAUUGUUCAACACCUCACUUGCUGUCUCCUUUUUACCUACAUCUUCGGGCAACCACAUUCAGCAUAGUACUAGAGGGUGGUAACAAUGAACGGAAACAUAUUUCUUUUAAAAAAAGGAGACCAAUGGGAUCUGGUUAAAGAUAGCUGCAUGGAAUCUGUGGCAUUUUAACGUUUCAUUUGGAGUAUACACUAUAGACGUGUGGAAGGUUAAAGUUGCAUAGAUCGUGGGUGCACCGAGAAAUGUUUAACAAAAAACCAAAGAGAAUGGCAUAAGCCACCUAGCAAUACGUGCUCGAUCAUCUCGAGGCCCCGGAAUGUGGGUUACUGAAGCAGUGAAUGUACAUAAAAGAAUAGUCAGUGUUGUGCGGAUUAUUUAGAAUGCACCGAAAAUGGAACGUCCCAACACCUCAUUCUAUUAUCACAAUUAUCUACCAAUGGUUGUUGUUACGCAUACAAUGAAAUGAAUUGUUCAAUGAUGAGCCAAACACGUGCAGCGAAAUGAAUUGCAAAUGACGACAUAAUAAAACAAAUGGUUAGACGAAAACUGUUAU